AUGAAGAGCCAUUUCCGGCAUGCGAUCGUGGCAGUGAUGUGUCAAACACUGUGUGUAUGCGGUGGGUCAGGAGAGUGUGACAGUUUGUUAGGAACAGAAGCAAGAAUUUCGCCUCGCAAGACCUUUGAAGACAUUGAAGGGAGAGAGAUGGUCGCUGAGACGGCACCAUUGCUUUCUCCCGCACAACGAGAGCCAUUCUGGAACAAACCGACAGGCACGAGGAAUCUUGAUGUGAAACAAGCAGAGAGAUACGCCAAAGAUGCUGUGGUUCGAGAUGAAUCGGGAGAUCUCUACGAAUUGGGAACACCAUUAGCGAGGUUAGGGAAGUUGGGAACAGGAGUUGGGUUGUACUUCUAUUUCGUGUUCUACGCUGGUUUGGUCUUGGGCCUGAUGUCUGUUCUUACUCUACCUGUGAUGAUAAGCAAUUUUCAAGGAUCGUAUGCCUUCGAUCCUGCAGAGAAGAUCGGAUUCCCGCGGAAUCUUCUUGUUGCUAGCACACUGGGCAACCGUCCUCCACAUCAGCCUCUUCUUCUUCACAGCAUCAUGGAUUUCUUGUGCUCUCUCGCUUUUCUCUUCUUCCUCAUCUACUAUAGGAGAAGACAGCUCCUUGCGAGGAAAGAGAUCGAGACGAAGAUUAUCACUGCUGCGGACUACAGCAUCCUCGUUUCGAACUUGCCAGAGAAUGCGACGAGAGAAGAGAUUCUCGAUCACUUUGGAAGAUAUGGACAGAUCGAGCAUGUUUACCUCUGCUACAAGGGAUACGCCAAGCGCUCUCAGCUCAUGAGUGUGAAAGAGAAGGCGGAGGAGGAUCUGGAGCAGUUCGACAUCCAACUGGCUUCUCCCCUCGAGUUUCCUGAAGCCUCAGAGGGCCACACGAACGCACAGAGAACGCUAGACGAAGUGCUGAGUGACAUCCGUAAACAUCAACUGGAACAUGAGCGAUGCCCGAGAUGUUGCGGUCUGGCGUUUGUGACAUUCAAGGUAAAGAUAGCACCUCAACCGUCCGAUAUCCUUUGGGAGAACUUGGAGGUCAAGCCAAAUAUGAGAGCCCUCCGUGUUGCUAGCACUUCUGUCUUCUCGCUGUUCCUCCUCCUCAUCGCAACAGGUUUGAUAGCAGCUGUGAACGGGAAGCACUUCUUCCUACCAACAGCGAUCGAACAAGGGUUGUGGUUCUCCGGACUUCUUAACUUUCUCUCGGUCAUAAUCAUCAUUGUGAGCAACGUCGCCAUGUUUGUUUUGAUGCCGGUCAUUACACGUCUUGGUAAAUUGCCUCCUCUCCCGCUGGUUUAUAUCAUGUGGAGACUCUGGCUAUUUCAGGUGCUCAACACGCUUCUUGCCGCGCUUGUCUUCUGGGACGCGAGCAGGAACGAGAGUGGAGUCACGAACUGGGCCCACUGGUUUGCUGAUGGAGGGUCGAUGAUAGUCGGAGUUAUUGUCGGAGAUGCGGUCCUCAUGAACCUGAUUGAGUUCUUCCGCCCUUUCGACGUCAUUCUGCCCCGAAAAAUGCAAGGGCCCAAGUGUUUGACACAGAAGCGACUCAACAGAGUUUAUGAGGCGCCAGAACUUUCACUUGGCAUGAGAUAUCAGAUGAUUCUCAAGCAUUUCACUCUCGCUCUCGCCUUGGGAUCAGCCAUGCCCCUCAACUAUUGGCUCAUCACCAUCUUGUGUAUCGUCACGUUCUGGAUUGACAAAUUCAACGUCUUGAGGCUUUACAAGAAGCCUGCACUCUGCAACGACGAGGUGGCAAACGUGGCGACUGUCUACAUCGCGCCCUUGUCGCUUCUCCUCCACCUCUGCAUUGCUCCGUUCUUCUACACGGUGGUGGCAACGUGUCCUACGCAGAUCGUUUGUCCUCCAUCAUCCGAAGUCUCCGUCACCUACGUCCUGCUCGGCAUCGCAGCAGCUGUGCUCUGCCUCGCAUGGCAGCCGAUGCUCUACGUGGAACCAGAAGACGUUCACUACCAUGAGGUGCGCUGCAAGGAUGUAUCCUACUCCUAUGUUGAAGGAAUUGAGAAGUAUCAACCUGAGCACGACUGGCCGGCAAAUCUCAACGAGUCGGUAAGCGCGAGCCAAGAGAUUGGAAUAUCAGUCUUCUGAUGUAUAUAAACAUUGCCAAAACAAG